AUGAGCUCCAGACCACCUCUAAGGACAUAUUCAAAACGUACUCCAAAAGGGAAGCACCAGGAUAGCCUCAAUGAUACAAUCAAACGACGACCUGUCUCAGUGAUUGAGAGCGAUGAAGUCGAAUCUGCUCCCUCAUCGGAUCUACCAUCAUCAGAUGUUGCCAACUUCUCCGAUGAGAAUAUCCCACCCGCGACUCCUCCCUCAUCACCACCCAGUCUCGCCAUCUCUCCAAAAGCUGCGCCCCAGAAGCUACAACUUCCGGAGCCGGAUACUGGCAAGCCAGCACUAGCUAUCAAGUCUGAACGUACGACAUCGAAACCACUUGUUCAAAUGCAACUCAACUUUGGCCAGUCGAUGCGGAAGACUUGUAAAGAGUGUCGCAUGGAGUACGUGCCUUCUGCACCAGAAGACGCUGCCCUCCACAAGAAGUUCCACUCUCAACAUAUCAACGGCGUUUCCAUGGAUCGAGACUUCCUUACCAAGAUCAAAUCCGACAAGGCCGUAUGGCAUGGCCCGCAAGGGGACUUCGUCAUAUGCCUCAGUUCCCAGGAUCCGAAACACUGGCUGAAGAAAGCUCGCGCUGUGUUCGACAUGGCAACAGCAGAUCUGGGCGCCGUAAAUAUACCCGACGAGAAAUUAUGGGGAUCUCAAUUCGCUGCAUCAAGUGCUCGAAGUAAAGGAACCGGCGCAAAUGAGGAGAACGAUGACAGAUACAAGUUGUAUCUCUACGUGGACAAUGGUAAAUGCGUAGGUCUUUGUCUUGCGGAAGGGAUUGAUAAGGCUUUCAGAGUGGUCGAGCCAAAGAAGAAGGCAGAGGUGAAGAAGGAGAGGGAGGCACAGGAAACAGAGCAAGAAAUGAAGGUAUCGGACUCAGACAAAGUGCGGGCAACUGAGCUACUGUCUAUCAGUGAAGAGACAGACGCAGCAGCAAUUGGAAUAUCGCGAAUCUGGACGUCUCGAGGAUCGAGGAAGAAGGGCAUCGCAAGAGCACUGUUGAAGUGUGUUGCGAAGACAUUCCUACCUAAGGUUACAUCGAAAGAUAUGGUUGCCUUUAGUCAACCUACCGAGAUGGGCACAGCCUUAGCAAGGCGGUGGUUUGGUCAGGAGUACGGAUGGCAUGUAUACGUUGAUUAA